CUCUGAUUUUCUCAAUAUCCUGGUCUAUGUGUUGUCUUUUAUUUCAUUUGGAGGAUGGUGACCUUGACUUGACCCAGACUUCUAUACCUGUUGAAGCAAAUUACAGUAUGGAAAAAAAACAUUAUUUCAUAAAAAAUGAAGGUCUAGAUCAGUGACUUUUGGCCUCCCACAAACCUGCAAACAUUCAACUGGAGGAUAUAAUUCGUACUGCUCCACAGUUCACCAGUUUGGAAGAAAAAAAGGGAGGAAAAGGGAGAUACUGCGGAGAUGGAUAAAGGCGCGCGCACGCGCGCACGCACACACACACACAUACACGCGCGCGCGCACACACAUGCUCGCGAGCGCAUACACCUACAUAUAUAUUCACACACACGCAAACUACACACGCCAAGCGACGUGAUACGCGUUUUGUUGGCGUUCGGCGUCAUUCACGUGUAAAACCACACGGGCUUCAUAUCUACAGGUUACUGAGAAGGUUCAGGGAAGGUGUUGGCAGGAGGACAGCACACCUGCUGGAAAUCGUUGGUGUUAAAGGUGGUCAAAGAGUGAGCGCUUCCUCACACAGCAGCACCUCUUUACGUCUGGAUGCCAUGGAGACUGACGGAGCAUCAUUCCCUAUUCCUGAACCCCCAGCUGUGCAGUGUGCACACACCAGCGCUCAGCGGGAUCAAUGAAACCUUCAUGGAUUCCACCAAUGUCUUCUCAUCCUCCUUCUGACUUUUCUAUGGUGAUAUGAGACGACGGCUAGCGGAUAUUUCCCCCGCAUCCUGGGCAUCCCGAACGGACUGAGAACUCCAUCCGCAACAGGACUCAGCCUGCACAGAGGUAGGAGAUGUAGUUCCCACUGGCAUCCAGGUCGCUCUUACGGUCGCUUCAUAAUGUUCCUGCACCUGUUGUAAAUCUUUGUGCGUUUGGCCAUUUGUGAGAUUGGAAAUGCCAUUGAUGUGCCAUGGGCGAGGCGUUUCUCCCACACUGUCCCACAUAGUGCUGUAUGGCGGUGAGAAGGUGGACAUGCUCCCUCCUGCUCUUCAUUGAUCAAACCUAGUAAGCCAGACAUUUAGUCUAUUUUUGGGGUCAGUUUUAUAUUACACUUACUGUGCUGCUGUGCGUCAUGGAAACCGUAGUAUCUCUGUAUGAAGUCCUCAGUGUAUGGACUGAAUCAUCCUUUGCAGUCGUAUUAACGAUAUUACAAUUUAUUUGGAGGAUAUUGGCACCUGUAGUAGGUCUAUAUCCUUGAAAAAACAUCUGACACCAGAAGUUGGUUAAUUUUCCGUUUAGGGUUUGGAGUGCGCCCGGUUAGUUUUGACCCGCGCUUUGGAAACGAGCAGGCUGUGUUGUAGGUCAGGGCUGUAUCCCAAAUUACGCAUCCUCCUAACUGAUGGUGCACUAUUAUGCGCGACAGGGUGUCCAGCUCACGCGGGCGCGCGUCGGGUGCAGGAAUCUUUCAAGUGCAUAAACUGGUAAAAGUAAACUGGUGUCCAUGUGUGGUGUCCGGAAAGGUGUCGAGGCGCGUACAGUCGGUAGCUUGUGGUCCCGGCGUCCAGUUCCAGUGAAGUGAGAGAAGGAGCGCAGGAGGAUCAGGAGGAUCAGGAGUCCUCAGCGCGGGGAGUGUUGGACUGCAGGUGGCCCGUGAGCGCAUGUGCUCUGGGAAAGAGUUUAACCCUAAACCCGGGUGAAGAUGCCUUUUCACCAUGUGAGAGCAGGGCUGCUGUACACAGACAACUUCCUGGCUCACUCGCUCUCUGAGAUCAGCGAGGAACAGUUAUCCCAUAUCUCGACCGAAGAGCUUGAUGAGAUUCGGGAGGCGUUCCAGGUACUGGACAGGGAUGGGAAUGGCUUCAUCUCAAAACAGGAGCUGGGCGUGGCCAUGCGCUCUCUGGGCUACAUGCCCAGCGAGGUGGAGCUAGCCAUCAUUAUGCAACGUCUGGAUAUGGAUGGUGACGGACAGGUGGAUUUUGACGAGUUUGUGACGAUACUGGGACCUAAGCUCCUCUCGUCUGACAGCAGAGAAGGCUUCCUCGGCAGCACUAUAGACAGCAUCUUCUGGCAGUUUGACAUGCAGCAGAUGUCUCUGGAGGAACUGAAGCAAGUUCUGUUCCAUGCCUUUCGGGACCAUCUGACAAUGAAGGACAUCGAAAACAUCAUUGUGAAUGAGGAGGAGAGCCUGAAGGACAGCUCAGGAAACUGCCAAACUGAAUUUGAGGGAGUGCACUCCAAAGGGAAGAAUCGUCAAACAUGUGUCCGCAAAAGCCUCAUCUGUGCUUUCGCGAUGGCCUUCAUCAUUAGCGUCAUGCUCAUUGCGGCCAACCAAAUGUUGCGUAAAGGUAUGGACUAGCUCCGUCCACUGUGACCCGUGAGUGAUAUUACCUCUGCUCCACUUAUCUAGCCAAACAAGACUGAAUAUGUCGCUGACGGUUAUCGCUUUUGUAAUUGGGCUUGCAGUGAGCAAGCGUCCCACUGUGCAGAAGACACCAGCCCACUACUCUCUGGAUUUAAUGCACUCUAAAGACUUCUAUGCAUCCGGUUUUAAAGCAUAUGAUGAAGUACUUCUUUCUCAGAAGAACCCAAGUCAACCCAUGGAUGUAAGAAAAGGCAAAAACUAACAUGACAAAACUCAAAUAACUGUUGUUUUACCCUCCCUUUAUCUCUCUGACAGGAAGACACAAGGGCUUCUUUCUGGUGCCCUUUUAAUGCAAUAAGAUUUUGGGCCCCCUCUUGUAUUUGUGCGUGUUUAUCUCACAUCUUCUCAUCAUCUCCAGACUCUCUCUGAAACUGGAGUCAUGAGGAGGAUUCACCAUUCACCAGUAUCUCCCAUGAAGUUCAGCUCAUUCUCUGUAUUUGAGCAUGUGCAUGUAAAUUUGCUUCAGUUCAAAUAACGAGGGACCUUUUCUUCGGAAAUUUACACACUGUAGCAAAGCACAAUGACAGAAAUAUUCCAUUCAAUUUUAGAAAUAUAGGGCUUUAAACAACGGAAAUAAAAGCGCUAUAGAAAUUAAAUUGAAUUGAAAUUAAAUAUGAUACCAUAUUUUCCAGACAAUAAGUUGCUCCAAAGUAAUAUAUAUAUAUAUAUA